AUGCAGCUCGGACAGCUCAUCAAUCUGAUCUUGGUGCUCGCUUGGCGCAACCUUUUCCUGCCGACUACUAAUCCAACCGCACUGACCGAGAGUCGGGCAGGAUUUGUCGAACUGCAGUAUUUGAUAUCUUCAGUCCGAAGAAUUGUAGAGAACUACGUAACUAAGUACGGCGGCGAGGUGAGUUUGUUCUUAGCUUAUUACCAAGAGGGAAAAAACCUGGCAACCAAGUUCUAG